UUAACAGGUCCGACUGGGGUUGACAGUGAUUGAACGGCAGCAGUGAAGCGUUUCAUCUGUGGUCAUUUGAUCCAGGAGCUGCAGGAGGCCUAGCGUUUCUUACUGCAGACUUAUAUCACCUGUGUUUCAUGGGACCAGAGACGCUGCAGAACUCUGCAGUGGUAUUUGAGUUGACCGGCUUUGGGCAGGAGAACUGAGUCAGGAGUCCAUCUUAAACCCGGAUCAUUGACGUGACCAACCCUCUGACAGGGUCAUGGUGUACCUGGCCCACACGGUUCACUGGCAGUUCCUGGGCCUAGUGAUUGGCUGUGUAGGCUGGAUCCUGACGAUGGCCACCGCGGGCCACAAUGAGUGGAGGCUGUGGUACGUAGAGGACGUCUCCGUGGUAACCUCUGGCGUGGCCUGGGUGGGCGUGUGGCGGGCGUGUUUCUACAGCCACACUCUACCCGACUCAGAGUUCUGCCAGCCAAUCAGCAUUGCCGACCUGUUUGUUCCCGUGGAGAUCUCCGUGGCACAGGUGGUCAUCAUGGUAGCAGUGAUAACUGGACUCUUGGGAAACAUCCUUGGUGCGUACGCAGUGAGGAACAUCUAUUUUGGUCAGAAGAAUCAUGACUUUAUCAGACUGACUUUCUCAGGGGCCGGGGGGCUGUACGUCCUGACAGGGGUCAGCUUUCUUGUCCCUCUCGUCUGGAACGUGAAAUCUGUCCUGACUAAUCAGACUGUAGCAUUCCCCCCAGAGUUCCACCUCCCUCCUGCCCCCCUCAGACAGGAAGUGGGCGGAGCUAUCUGGAUCGGGGUCGGUGCUUCGAUCUUCCUUAUCUUUGGCGGUCUCCUAUUCCUCUGCUACAGGUAUGUUAUCAGGGCUAAGCCAGUCAGUGGAGAGAACGACAAGGGCCCUCUACAUGGGCCACCCAUAAGUCUAAAGUCUAUAUUAGAGAAUGGAGACAAGGAGACCAGAGACAACCCUGCCUUCCAGGCUGAUGAAGACUUUUAGGACAGAGGGCAGACAAACAGGCACUUGUAAACUCCCCGUCGUGGAUUUAAAAGCAUAGAAUUGGUUUAAGCAUUGGCUGGAGAGAGUUUCUGCCAUUGUUUAAUACAUGCAAGAAAAUGUGGAAGUACACACUUUGGGGGAAGGGUGGGGAAUCCGAAUUCACCCAUAAAACACUGGAAAACAGAACCAUAGAACCCCUUCUCUCUGUGAAAUUAUCAUUUUAGCAUGAUUGUUGAAUGAUUGUUGAAGUUUAGAGUACAGCUUUGACAAGUGCAUAGACGCAGUGAUCUAUAUUUUGGUCUUUGAUAAAUGUGACUAAUGAGAACUGCAAUUAUUUUGAUUGAUUGUAUAUAUUUGCAACCUAAUUUAUUUGAAAUGUUGUAACUGUAAUUUUGUAGUGAUCACGCUUGAACUGUUAUUCUCGAGGCACCAUUACAAAUGAGACCCUGAUCUCAAUGGAUUCCGCAGUUAAACACAGGCUAAUAAUAAAAUAAAAUUAACAUGACAAAGUUCAUGAAAUCUUUGGAAUGUCAUCAUGUGUAAAAUAACUUUUUUUUAAAUGUAAGUGAAAAGAAUGUGGCAGCUGUACUGUAUUGUUACUGCAUAUAAUUUCAUAAUAAAUAGAUUUUUAUAUUGAAAUCACUUCCUGCUAUGUUGCUCCUGUUGUUGGACCCUGCCGUGAAUGAAAUUAACUUUACAGCACCUCUCAGUGUGGUGCCAAAACUUCAUACCCAGCUCUCUGGGGCUGCGUCUCUAUUCCCUAUGGCACCCUAUUCCCAAUAGAGCGCACAACAUUUGACCAGAGCUCUAUGUGAAAAGUAGUGCACUAUAAAGUGAUUAGUGUGGAAUUUGAGAAUGGAAUACUGGUUGUGACAAAUCUCAGUGGGAGUUAGUUAUGUGAUUCUUCUUAAAAAAUGAGUUAAUCCAGGGAAAUUAAUUUUUUAAUUAGAUUAGAUUUUAUUUCUCAGCUGGAGUUUAGGUAUUCUGAAUUAACUCGUUCAGUUAACUUAGUCCAAGGAGGGCUCUCUCUCUCAAUUUCAAUUUAAUGGGCUUUAUGGGAAACAUAUGUUUACAUUGCCAAAGCAAGUUUUCUUUAAUUAUUAUUCUUUUUUUGUUGGUUUUUCUCUUAGAACUGCAUUGUUGGUUAAGGCUUGUCAGUCAGCAUUUCACUGUAAGGUCUACCUACACCUGUUAUAUUUGGCUCAUGUGUCAAAUAUAAUAUAUUUUGAUUUUAAAUAGAUAAUAAACAAAAGUAUAAUAAACAAUACAAAAUUAACAGUAAACAUUACCCUCACAAAAGUUUCAAAUGUCAUAUUAUGUCUAUAUACAGUGUUGUAAUGAUGUGCAAAUUGUUAAAUUACAAAAGGGAAAAUUAACAUAAAUAUAGGUGUUUGUUCUUCACUGGUUGCCCUUUUCUUGUGGUAACAGGUCCAAUCAAAUCUAAUUUCAUUUGUCACAUACAACAACCUUACAGUGAAAUGCUGACUGACAAGCCCUAAAUCAACAAUGCAGUUCAAGGUCACAAAUAUUGCUGCUGUGAUGGCACGCUGUGGUAUUUCACUCAAUAGAUAUGGGAGUUUAUCAAAAUUGUAUUUGUUUUGGAAUUCUUUGUGGAUCUGUGUAAUCUGAGUGAGAUAUGUGUCUCUAAUAUGGUCGUACAUUUGGCAGGAGGUUAGGAAAUGCAGCUCAGUUUCCACCUCAUUGUGUGGGCAGUGUCCACAUAGCCUGUCUUCUCUUGAGAGCCAGGUCUGCCAACGGCAGCCUCUCUCAAUAGCAAGGCUAUGCUCACUGAGUCUGUACAUAGUCAAAGCUUUACUUAAGUUUGGGUCAGUUACAGUGGUCAGGUAUUCUGCCACUGUGUACUCACUGUUUAGGGCAAAAUAGCAUUCUAGUA